GUAAAACCUUAAGCUCAACACCAGAAUCAUUCAACAUCCAUCGUUUUGUUUUGAGCAACCAAAGGGAUUCGAUUCGAUGCGCCUUCGCCUAUGUACAACCAAUGACAGACUGUCUGAUGUUCAUUGAAAGUUUAUUUGAUCCGUGCAUAUUAUUUGCAGUGCCGGUUGCCUACGGAAUCUUACAGCAUCAUGCGGUGCUACACAUGCAUCGAGGUCGCUCCUACCUCUCCGCGGUCUUUCUGAAUAAUGUCCAAUGUAAGCAAAUGCAUGUUCCUUUAGCUAGUAAACACGGCAUGUAGAGUCGUGCAGCCUGUACCACAAAAGACAACCUUUAAAUCUUCUGUCUUCUGAAAUUCUAUUCAGUUGGAAACACAGUGGUUGAUAUCUAUCAUACAGGUUGUUCCAAAUGUUUGAAAUUGACGAACAAACUAUCCCGUUCAUACGAACCCGCCAGGCUCUACUUCUCCUCGAUCUGCAAAAUGACUUCAUAGGAGAGGGAAGCUUGUUGCCAGUCGAGAAACCCUCAAGCUACAUCGACAAUAUAAGGAAUCUAAUCGAGCCGUUUCGGCCUUCUGGUGACAUAAUAUGGAUAUGCAGCGUUUCCACGGAGGGUGUGUCGAGGAUAGUUAAUCAACCGCGGGGCGAUAGCGAGGCCAUAAUAACGAAUAAGGAGCUUCCACGACCUCAACGAGACGUGUCGACUCCGGAAAUUGACUCCGGGGCUAACGAGAAGGAGAACAAGCUUCCAGGAGCUGGCGGUGAGGAGGACGCAGUGGAAGCUUUUUUGACAGUUCAGCCAGAAGGAAAGGAGCACAUGCUAAAGCCCAAUUCGAGGGGCUCAGAAAUUUCAGAUACGUUUGCGCCCGUCUCUGCGAAAGACCUGGUGUUCAAUAAAACAUACUAUUCUGCAUUCAAAGAUGGCAGUCUAGUCCAGAAACUGCGGGGCAAGUUUGUGACAGAAAUAUACAUAGCUGGAGCUCUUACGAAUAUCAGUGUGUUUGCCACGGCCAUGGAUGCUGCUCGCCAUGGUUACGCUAUAACCAUAGUUGAGGACUGUCUGGGAUAUAGGAGCAAGGCUAGACAUGAAGAAGCUUUACGUCAGCUCCGAGCUUACACAGGGUGUGAUGUCAUAAGCAGCGGGGAACUCAUUGAGUGCUUACAGAAGCAAAAGAAGGUCGCAGAAAGGAGAACGACUUCCAGUAAGAAAUCUCGUCCUAAACCUAAAGAACCACAACCGAAAGAAUCUCGAAAUUCUGGGAUUGAGAAUCUAAUGGGGAACUUAAAGCUAGAAGCAGACGACCCACCAGCCACCACCGUCAUAGCCCCAUCAUCGACGGCAGCCAUCGAAGACGAUUCCGACAUCACUAUUCAACUCUUGCGUGCACAAGUUCGACGCGCGAAACCACCAGCUGAACUUGAAGCAGAAGCUAAGAAAAGAGAAAAGGCGAAGUCGAAAACAAAGUCGCGUCGACAUAAUACGAAGCCAGUGGAAGUAGGAGGACCGUCCAGUCCAUCGAAAGAACGAAGCUCGACGUCUUCCAAAAGCCCGUCACCUGACUCAUCAGCAUCACCGAACCCGGUGGACAAACGGGUGGUCAAAGCGGCGCUGACCUGUCUUGAAACCCGAAGCACUGAGGAGAAACUCCAAGUAGAACCUUCAUCAGACAAGGCAACUCUUGAAGAGAUGCCAAAUGGCGAAGACAGUGCAAAAGUCGAUACAGCUAAACUUUGUGAAGGUGAUACAACAGUGAUCCACAAGCUCCUACCUGAGGAAUCGGCAAGCGGGAUUUUCGAGAAGAUCCGUGAUGAGGUUCUUUGGCAGAAGAUGGGUCACCAGGGUAGUGAGGUACCGAGGCUUGUAGCAGUUCAAGGCGAAAUUGAGGAAGACGGUAGUAUUCCAAUAUACCGUCAUCCGGCAGAUGAAUCUCCUGCUCUCCUUGCAUUUUCGCCCACGGUUAAAAUAGUCAAGAACAUAGUCGAAAAAAGGCUUGGGCAUCCUGUGAACCACGCUUUGAUCCAGUUCUACCGAGAUGGAAAUGAUAAUAUCUCUGAGCAUAGUGACAAGACGUUAGACAUUGUUCCCGAUACAUUCAUCGCCAACGUGAGCCUGGGUGCUCAACGAACAAUGGUAUUUCGCAGAAAGAAAUCUGUGAAGAAUGUAGGGUGUAUAGACUCCCAGUCCACAACUCGAGAAUCUUGCAGGGCAGCACUUCCGCAUAACUCAUUGUGUAAGAUGGGCUUGGAAACCAAUAAGAGGUGGCUACAUGGCAUUCGACCGGACAAGAGGAUGGCGAGUGAGAAGUCCGAAGCUGAAUUGGCUUACGAUUGCGGGCGUAUAUCUUUGACAUUUAGACAUAUUGGUACCUAUCUCGACAAAAGCCAACAGAAGAUUUGGGGCCAGGGCGCAACUGCAAAAAGGAAACAGGAUGCCAAAUUGGUUAUUAAUGGAGAUACACCACAAUCUCAGGAAAUGCUACAAGCUUUCGGAAAAGAAAAUCAUGAUAGCAAUUUCGACUGGCAUGAUAUAUACGGCAAAGGAUUUGACGUACUGCACAUGUCUAAUUCCAAAAAGCUUUACUUAUCUGGAGAUUUCAUCUCAGACUGCCGUGUAAAGUUCAUACUUAACGAGUACAAUAUUCCUUGGAUAGAGGCUACCAUUUCCCCGUCUUUCCAUUGGAAAAAAGAAAGUUGUACAGUCGACGGUCCAGAGAUACCAGACACAUCUCCUAUCAAAUUUGUUGACAAUGAUCCAAGCAAAACCACAGUCGAAGGAUGCAUGCCCAUCAUGUUUUAUCUCGAAGCUAUAUAUUGUCCCAAUAAGGACCGCAAAUCUCCAGCCCAUCUAGCUCGUCAUUACACCCGUUUUGAACAAGCCAGCACCCUACUCAAGAUCUGGCAAACGGUACCGUUUAAUUUAAAGCCUUUCCGCGCUGAGCUCGCUAAAUGGAACAUCUACGCCCAAGAGACAGAAUACAUAGCAGGCGACGAGAUCGGUCUUGCGGACUUUGCAAUCACGCCGGUGUUCGAGAUGGUAAAUGGGAAGUGGGGUGACUCUCUGGGAUUUGAGCCUCUGGCAGAAUAUUGGAAGAAGAUGAUUCAAAAGGAGAGUUUUUUGAAGGUUCUCCCGAAGGAAAAUAUAGAGGCUUUGCAGAAACAGGCUUCGCUUUGUGCCGUGGAAGAGAAAAUCAAUGCCUUAACGAAGGAGAAGCUGGAAAUGGAGGAUAGUAGAGGUCACUCUCCUGCAGAGGCAGAGAAGAGCAAUGGCAAAGAGAUUGAAGAGCUAUCGAAUGGAAUUGCAAAGCUAUGAUCGUGAUUGGGUGUGAUGGAGGCUCAUGAGGGGAGGUUUGGAAAACCGGUGUUAGGGAUAGGCGACAACAUAGUGUUGAGCGCAUUUGAAGAUAGACAAAUGGAAAUUUCAGUAGCAUUCCUAGCAAUAUUACGGAUACUUAGUGUAUAAACCACAAUCAAUUCUAUGAUUGAUUU